GUGCGAGGCGCGGCGGACGGCGGAGCGCGGUCGGUCGGCGGCGCCAGUUCACUUCUGAGCGCCACGGGGCUGCCGCGCUCUUGUCGCGUAGAGCCCUAGUUCGCGAUCCCAAUAACUUUGUGCACUGGAAACUUUUCAAAGCGAUUCCGGACGGAUCCGAUGGCCGCGGAUCGCUUUCGUUUCGAAUUUCGAGUCGUGUCGUAAAGUAAAACGUGCGAGCGAUCAUUGUUGCGUGUUUAUACGAGUCAGUCGGUCUAUUUUUGAAUAUUCUCUAAACGCUUGACGGCGAAGUUUUCGAAACGCAGCCCGCCGGAGCCGGGUUAACGUCCGCUGUGUGUGCAGCACGCCUGCAUCACGUCUCUUGUGUUUUUGUUGAUGGAUUUUUGUUGUUAACCUCCAACAGUUGUAUCCGAGAAACGUUAUCUUUACAUUUGUGCCGGGCUUCUCCCAUGUAGUCUUUCACUCGGGCGGUGAUGGCUACGGAUGAUCUUGAUUUAGUGGCUAUUUUUGUGAUUGGUGCUAGUGAGUGAUUGACAGCGAGAGUGCUUGUCGACGGCUAAAGCCAGUGUGAUUAGUGUUAUGCCAGUGGUGCCAGUGAUGUGACAGUCUAUGGAAGCGUCAGGGUAUACUCGGAAUGUUCACGAAGCACGGCAAGCCCGCUGAGCGGUGCCAUCAUCCUCACUCGCAUAGGGGCUGUAAGAAGAAAAAACCGGCUCCGCACACGCCCUGGAAGUACUUGAUGAAUUGCCCACUCGUUAGAAAAUGUUUUGGCCUACAGUUGCGGAGCAUAGAGGAGCCAGCGGGAGGCGCGGGCGGCGGCAUGCCCGCGCCUUCCUGCUAUGAUGCUGAAUGCGCGCGCACUGAAGCCUGGCUCGAUGAAAACCAGGAGUUCGUGCAUGAUUACUUCUUAAGGAAGGCGACGCGGCAAGUGGUGGAUGCGUGGUUAGUGUCGCACGCGACGCCGCCGAGCGCCGAGCUCGCGUCGCCGUCGCGCGCCGGUUCCGGCUCUGGAGCGACAACGCCUGUCAGAAAGAUCUCAGCGCAUGAGUUCGAGCGCGGUGGUCUACUGAAGCCGUUGGUGACGACGGUAGACGGCACACCCACCUUCCUUGGAGACCAGCCUCCUCACGCCACACCUUCGCGGCCGCAGCGGAGGUCGCGGCAUGAACUGAGACAGCUGGACGAAAAGGAACUUAUAUUUGAAUUAGUAAAGGACAUCUGCAACGAGCUAGAAGUAAGGGUGCUGUGUCACAAGAUCCUCCAAAACGUAUCAAUAUUAUUGGACGCGGAUCGAGGGUCUUUGUUCCUGGUGCAAGGGGAGAGAGCGUCACCUAAUCCUCAAAAUGGAAGGUGUUUGGUGUCGAAGUUGUUCGAUGUCUGUUCGAAGUCAACGCCCGAGCAGAUGGAACAGCUCGAAGAGAUUAGGAUACCGUGGGGCAGUGGUAUCGUCGGCUAUGUCGCCGAGAGCGGAGAGCCCGUCAACAUACCUGAUGCGUAUAAGGACGAAAGGUUUAACCACGACAUUGACCAGCAGACGGGUUACAAAACGAGGUCACUUCUCUGCAUGCCCAUUAAGGACAUUAACGGAGAGGUCAUCGGCGUUGCUCAGGUUAUCAACAAACAGAGUGACGGUCCCUUCACGGCCUACGAUGAGAAGGUCUUCUCAUCCUACCUUCAGUUCUGCGGCAUCGGCCUUCGGAACGCACAGCUUUACGAGAGAUCCCAAUUGGAGGUGAAAAGAAACCAGGUCCUAUUGGACCUCGCCCGCAUGGUGUUUGAGGAGCAGAGUACUAUUGAGCACAUGGUUUUAAGGAUACUUACGCACACGCAAAGUCUCAUCAGAUGUCAGCGAGUACAGGUACUCCUAGUUCACGAGGCAUCGAAGGGAAGUUUCUCCCGUGUCUUCGACCUGGAGGCUGGCGAUGACACCGACCUCGGUACUCCUAGGACCUCACCUUACGAGAGUCGGUUUCCUAUCAACAUUGGCAUUACGGGAUAUGUCGCUACUACAGGCGAGACUGUGAACAUUCCGGAUGCCUAUUUAGAUCCCCGUUUUGAUCCGUCCGUCGACGAAGGCACCGGAUUUAAACACAACACAAUACUUUGCAUGGCCAUUAAGAAUUCCGAGGGGAGGAUUAUCGGAGUCAUUCAGUUAAUCAACAAAUUUGAUGAGCUCCUGUUUACGAAGAACGACGAGAACUUCGUUGAAGCGUUCGCGAUAUUCUGCGGUAUGGGCAUACAUAACACGCAUAUGUACGAGAAGGCUAUCACCGCUAUGGCCAAGCAGAGUGUUACUUUAGACGUACUAAGUUACCACGCAUCCGCAUCAUUAGACGACGCUCAACGGCUACGGACGUUGAGAAUACCUUCGUCCGCCCACUUCAGUCUUCAUGAGCUCGCUUUCGAUGACAUCGAGAUGACGGACGAUGACACGUUGCGGGCGUGUCUCCGUAUGUUCCUAGACCUCGACUUUGUGGAGCGGUUUCACAUAGAUUACAGCGUGCUCUGCCGAUGGCUGUUGAGUGUGAAGAAGAAUUACCGCAAUGUAACGUACCACAAUUGGAGGCACGCGUUCAACGUCGCGCAGAUGAUGUUCGCUAUUUUAACGGAGACGCAGUGGUGGAAGAUAUUCGGGGAGCUGGAGUGCCUGGCGCUCAUCAUCGGCUGCCUGUGCCACGACCUUGAUCAUCGGGGGACCAAUAAUUCGUUUCAGAUCAAGGCAUCAUCACCUUUGGCUCAGCUGUACUCCACUUCCACGAUGGAGCACCACCACUUCGACCAAUGUCUCAUGAUCCUCAACUCGCCUGGAAACCAGAUCCUGCUCAACUUAUCCUCUGAUGAUUACGAGAAAGUCGUCAAAGUGCUCGAAGAUGCUAUCCUCUCUACUGAUUUGGCUGUGUAUUUUAGCAAACGCAAGGCCUUCAUUGAGCUGGUAAGCACGGAGCGCCAGGUGACUCCGAACUGGGGUGAGUGUGAGGACCGCCGCGGUCUCCUGCGAGCAAUGCUGAUGACCGCUUGCGAUCUCGCCGCGAUCACCAAGCCAUGGCCCGUGGAACGACGAGUCGCUGCCCUUGUUGCCGGGGAAUUCUUCCGACAAGGAGAUCUGGAGCGACAGAACUUGAAUUUGACGCCUAUCGACAUAAUGAACAGAGAUAAAGAAGACGAACUCCCUGCUAUGCAAGUCAAAUUCAUCGAUACGAUCUGCUUGCCUAUAUACGAGGCAUUCGCAGUCCUAUCGCCGGCUCUACAGCCGAUGCUUGACAGAGUAAAGAGUAAUCGCGGCCACUGGAUCGACCUCGCCAACAACGACAGCGGGGAAAAGUUCGACUACGGACUUGACAAGGAACCGGAGAGAAACGAUAAAUCCAGCAUCAGCUCACAGAACGUCGAUGAUACAGAGAACACGUAUGAGGGAGAUAGCAGCGGUGCUGUCAGCCUCUCUUCAGAAACAAACUCCAAGUACGAGAAUCUAGAGAACCCCGUCGUAGGACUUCUGUGCAACAACGUCCUCACUCUCCGAGACCCCAACAAGUUCUGUCCGCUUAAUGACUAUUAAAUCCCGCUAAGGACAAUGUGAUAAAGUGUACAGGCGGGUUGUUAGUGCUCCCACGUUUCAAAGGCCAAUAGCGAAGCCAAAUCGUCCAUUUAGGAUGUUAGAAUUAGAACUCUAAGUUUCUAAGCAUCUAGCACAACUAACAAAUAAAAUUCACUUCAUUUUAAAGUUAAUUCAUGGUUCGUUCGUAAUGCAUUUUAGUAUGAAUUUAUUUGUAAUUUUGCGUGGUUGUCCAUUUGUUUAUAUUCUCAUUUUCAUGUAUCCUAUUGGUCCGCUUGGAAUGUUGGGCGAUUACGUGAAUAUAUAAUAUGCAGUUCACGCGAUUUUCAACCGACAGUUGUGUGAUAUUCGUUUAGUAAAUAGAUGAUUUAGUCGAAUUUGAAAUUUAUCUAAACGCAUGGCGUAAUUAUCGAUAAGUUGUCAUGACCAUCGCCGCACUAUUUUUAUACACUUCAUUAUGUAGCUUUACAAUUUUUAAGUACCUAUAAGAGGAAAUUUUACAAAUAGGUAUGUAAUGUUUUUAAUUUACCUCAUUCGUCUAUUCCUACUACGUAUUACAUGAAGUUGUUUCGUGUGUCGAUAGUUUUGGUAUCAUUUAAGAUACAUACAUAAUAAUAAUAUUACCUACAGCUAAUGAAAUAUUCAAUUUCUCAUAGAAACAUAAAUAUUUCGACGUUUAAAUAGAAUACUCUAAUCCGCGCUGACCGCAGUAAGUGUAACAAAACAGGGCCUAACUGUCGUGACGUAGUUGAUAUAUGACCAAAAUACCAAAAAGUUUUUAUGUAGAUGUUAUACUAAAAAUCUUUAUUUGUUUUAUUAUUCGGAUCUAUCAUUAAUUCUUUCAUACUUUGUAUUUCAUAUGAAAUUUAAAUUAUUAUUAAAUUCUAUUAUUAAACCUCUGAUUAUGUGUGUGUGUGGGGAAUUAUGUAAUGCACUUGCGACAGUUUGUGUAAGUAAUGUCAAAUGAUAAUUCUACAGUAGCACAACGUAAUGUUUUGUAAAUAAUUAAUCAAUGUUAUAAAUACUGUAAUACUAACGUGUUGUAAUUUUGCUAAGUACUUAUUAUAAAUUCGGGUUUUCUCUAUUAAUUGUACCUACAUGGAUAAUUUUGUUUCUAUAUACUCGUUUAAUUGUAUGCAGUAAUUCGAUGGAAGUAUGCACGUAAAAAUAGACUUUAUUUCAAUGGGAUUAGAUAUUUAAAUCAAGUUGCUGAAUACGAUUAUUAGUCGGGAUUAUAUUUUUAUCUGCUUAUAGGAACUGUGGCCUCGCAUUGAUUUUUCAAGACAGUUACGGCACCCUCUGAUCCAUUCCAAUUCUAUUUUCGAUUUUAAAAAUAGAUUUUUGCCUCCAUUUUGUUUGUUUUGUCCAGUAAGGUUUUAUAGGAAAAAAAAGUGUCAAUUAUAUAUAAUCUACAUACAGAAUUUAUUGUUUAUGUCCUUUUUAUAAAUAUUAGAAGACUAACAUUUUUUGCUCAUCAGAUAGCGCUAAUGUCCAAUAGAGAAUCAUUUAGUGUCACACGAUUGGACAUUCUAUUUUUAACAUCAACAGUGAUUGGAUAAACAUACUUACGCGGCAGAGCCGUAACACUAAUUGUAAUUAGCGACAUCUAGUGAGCAAAACAAUAACCUUCGUUACAAUGUUUUUGCAAGCAUUGUAUUUAUAAAAUGGACAUACGCUAGUAGUUGUUCUUCUAGUCUUUUGCUAAAUUUGACUUUCAAAUCAUGUCUUAUGUUCGUUCGUUUUUUUGUACUUCUUGAUGUAUAAAAAUUUAACAAUAGAUAUUAGUUUUGAUCGUAGAUGUCGUAUUCGUAUACAUAUUUACAAGGAGGAAAAGUGUCUAUACAACUGUAUCAACUAGAUGGCACUACUAUAGCUAAAUUUCAUAAAGGAGGAACGAUGGGUAUGCUACGUUGCAAUAUCUACUUAUUUCAUAUUUUUGGGAAGUGUUGAAAACAACUUAAAGUAUUUCAUUUCCAUUUUUCCCUACUUUUCUUUCUUAUUUUAUUUUAUUCCAAGUUAUCCUUUUACUAACACAGUACACAGUACCAUCCAGUCUGUGUUUAUUCAUGGACAUGUUUUUUUUUUUCAUUUUACCGAAAUGCUUUUCUCUACCUUCCAUAGUUUCGUCCGAUCCAAUAAAGCAUUUUAUUGAUGUAAUUAAUCUUGCAGAUAACUCUUUUUAGAUUAUGUAUCUGAAUAGGGUUUAUAUCAUUUGGACACCGUUAUCGAAUGACGACCUUAGUUGUAACCAACCAAGUUGACACCAAGUGAACUAGCUACUAAAUACAACUGUAUACCUUUUGUUGGUUGCGCUACCUGAUUGUAGCAUGGUGUCCUAAUGAAAGAAGGUUCCUAAUUAUAGUCUAUUGAGUACGACAUCUAUGAUUAAAACUUUCAUUAUUUACAAAGUUGUAAAACAUUUUAUUAUAACAAUGAAAUCGUUUUCAUCUCUAUACAAUGCUUCACAAUUGGAAGCAAAACAAUUCUCGACUUGUUACGUCACUAUUUCGAUCUUCUAUUAAUAUAAUUAUAAUUAUUAUAUUAAAUAAAAAAAAAUAUAUGACCAAAUCCUCCAUGAAGUUAAAAUUGAAAAAAAUAAAAAUAUAUUUUGUAAUUGGAAUAAUUCUCUCUAUAAGCAUUAGAUAUUUACAUGAUGAAAAUCUCAAAUUAAUUGUGGUUAUAAAACUAUGUACAACAUUAAUUUUAAGGUUACUGUAAGUAUUAUUAGAAAGUAAUUAGAAAAUUAAUAAUUGUAAUUCACUAAAUGACGAGUUGUAUGGUGUGUGAAUAAUUAUGGAGGUUGUUUUGUUCCAAACAAAAAUGUUAUUUAUUUAUGAUUAAACAAAUUUUGAAAUAA